AUGAUUGGAUUUAUCUAUUCGUAUCGUUCAACUUUACCACGACCAUUAUCUCAAGUGGAAGCACAAGAACAAGACGACUUUUCUGGGAUUCACAGUUACAAUGAAUACUUGUCUCAUUUCAACACACCUCAUUCUGCCAAUCAACAAGGCAAUGCUGAUAUGUAUCAUUGGCUUUCUCAUACCUUGACUCAAUUUGCAGACCAAGCUGAAAAGAACAAUAUCAAAGUUGACCUUAUUACCAAUGAUACAACCAAUUUGGUGGUGAAGCGUGAUAGGUACAGUGAAGAUGAAUAUUGGUAUGUGGAAUCUCGUAAUGUUAUGAUUCGAUUGCAUGGUCAACAAGGCUCUGUGGACAAUGCUCUGAUGAUCAAUGCGCACUAUGAUAGUGUGUCAACUAGUCAUGGUGUGACAGAUAAUGGUAUGGGUACUGCUACUGCUUUGGAACUUUUAAAUUACUUUGUGCAAAACCCUCCUCAACGUACCUUGAUCUUUUUAUUCAACAACUAUGAAGAAGGUGGUCUUAUUGGUGCGCAAUCAUUUGUGAAUCAUCCUUGGUUUUCUACCAUCAAGCUUUUCGUCAAUCUUGAGGGAACUGGAAGUGGUGGUAGAAGUCUUUUGUUUCGAAGUAGUAAUUUGAAUGCAGUGAAGAAAUUGGCUUCAUCUCGUGCUCGUCUUUUACAUGCAAGUCCUUUUGGUAAUGAUCUAUUAAAAUCAAAAUUGAUUCGAAGUGACACUGAUUAUACAACAUUUACUGGAAAGGGCGUACCUGGACUGGAUAUUGCUUUCUAUACACCCCGAUCUCAUUAUCAUACUCAAAGGGACGAUCUUGUACAUACAACUCCAUCAGCUCUCCAACACAUGGGUCAAAUGGCUCUUGGCGUUGUCCGUGAACUUGAUCAAACACCUAUUACUGACAACAAGGAUGAUGUGCUUGCUGACGCGAAAAUGGAAAGGUUUAUUUAUUUUGAUAUCUUGGGUAGAGUCAUGCUAGUGUAUUCUUUCGAAACAAGUCAGAUCAUCAAUAUAGUUAUGUUGGUGAUCACUCCCUUGGUGGCUCUUCUUUGGCUUGUUCUCCAAUCUCGUGGUACUGAUAAACGUACUUUUUGGUUUGGUGUUCUAACUACCUAUGGUUAUGGUCUUAUCUCUGUCCUUGUAGCAAGUGUGUUUAUUGGUGGUAUCGAUGCUUUGGUUAUCUAUGCACUUGUUCAAUUGAAACCUCUGUUAACCUAUGGGAAUGCUUACUUAGUUGGAUUUUAUCUCACUCUGGCAUCCUUGUUGGGUUUGACGCUAUCUCAAUUGGUAUUGACAAGAAUCAAACGUAUGCAUCGAAUUUUACUUCGAUUAAACACUUCAUUGUAUGGAUUGGUGACUCUUUGGUGGGGAUUGCUGGUAUAUGCCACUGUACUUGGAGCUGAUGAAAUUGCUGGAGGUUACUUUGCUAUUUUCUUCUUGGUCAGUGGAGUGUCGGCUAUCCUUGUGUCUCAUGCCCUCAUCAAUAAACUUCCCAAAGCAAGAUUCCCUAUUGUCUUUAUUUUUCAACUCACCUUACCUGUGAUCUUUAUGUCUGAAUUCUGUUUCCUUGUUAUUGAUGCUCUUCGUCAUACUACUGCUGAUGGUACUCCCGAACUAUCAGUUUAUAUCCUUAUGGUGAUACCUAUUGCAAUUAUCACAUUACAUCUAUUACCAUGGAUCCAUGUGGCUGGGGACAAGCGACAUAUUGUAGGUGUAUUGACUUUUGCUUUGAUAGUUGUUUUCAUCAGCUGUCUUACCCAUAGUCCAUACAAUCGGGUCGACUCACCUAAUCGAAUUGUAUUCCAUCAAGAAUACAAUCAAAUUGAAUCCACUUCAACCGUACAAUUGGUGACAGGUGAAGGCUUGGACAAGAUUUUGGAUCAUUACUUACCUGAAGACGAAGCAGCUACAGUGCAAUGUGAAGAUCAAGAUCAUCAAAUCAUGUGCAAGUAUGAGACCAAGGAUGUGCCUGCUCGUGCGCAAGAACGGGGUGAAUACAAGAUGGAUAUCAAGAAUGAAGUGAUAUAUCAAACACAACGUAUACAGUUGACAACCACCGUGAAACAUAGUCAACUUUGUCAAAUCAAGAUGAAUGUUCCUAUCCACAAGGCACAAGUGAAUGGACAAACAAUUCUGCCUGAAGGUAGUAUGCAAGCCGUGAUGUCUUAUAUCAAGCAAGUGGGUCAACCUGUACAAUGGGAAAUGGAUGUAGCUGCUCAUGGGAAUCAUACAGUACAAUUAUCUUGUCUUUAUGAUGAUUGGACUCAAGGUGAAUUACCAGCAUUUACUCAUUUACGAAAUCGUUUACCUGAAAAUCAAGCUUUGACUAUCAAAGGUGGUGUUGGUUUAUCCGUGGUACAUUAUCCUGUAGUUUAUCUUCAAUGA